AUGCCCAUUAUUGACGACAACGAGGGGCAACCAGUUAAUCUUUGCCCCUCCGAGGCCACCCCACUCCUGCGCAAUAAUUCUGUUCAUCAGAAGACGAGUUACCGCGAUGUCUCAUAUUCCGCGACAGAUGUUGAGUCAGCAUGUUCAUCCAAAGAUAUAGAAGAAGAAGCCCACAUUCGCUGUCUAUCCAAUGAAAACUCUGCAUCCAAAGGAGUCGAUGUUGGGAAGGCUUCUAGGGCAGGCUCCCCCAAUCCAGAGCCGAGAAUCCCAACUCAAGAUGAAAAAGAUUACGCCGCGAGGUUCAUUGAUAUCUCUCCAGCAAGGUUCUGGGUCAUCUUUGGCGGCAUCCUGAUGGGCUAUAUGAUUGGCUUCUUUGACUCGACCCUCAUGGCCUCCAGCCAUCCAGUCAUCACUUCCUACUUCAAUGCAGCCAACUCAGCCUCCUGGCUAUCAACAGCCUUCUUGUUGACCUCGACCGCAUUUAUGCCUCUCUUUGGACGCAUUUCCGAUGCAUUUGGCCGGAAACCUGUCUAUCUCUUCUCUAUCGCCAUGUUCUUCUUCACGACGGCAGGCUGUGGUUUGGCGCAAAGUAUCGGCGGUUUUAUUGCUGCUCGUGCGCUUUGUGGGCUUGGUGCAGGUGGUGUCUUUUCCAUCGGCCUGAUUAUCUCGAGUGACUUGGUACAUCUCGAGUAUCGCGGCGUCUACCAAUCAUACAUCAACCUGUGUCUCGGCAUCGGUGGUAGCCUCGGCCUUGCCUUUGGGGGUUACCUGUGUGAUCAUAUCGGCUGGCGGGGCGCGUUUCUCAUCCAACUGCCUUUCAUCUUCGUUUACUUCAUCGCAGCCGCUUGGACAGUCCCGGCAGACCUUGGCAUUAAACAAACUGGAAUGGAGCGCAUGAAAGUCUGGCAGUUAGUCCGGAGUAUUGAUAUAUUGGGAUCAAUUAUCUUGAUUACGUGUGUGACUAUGUUGAUCGUGGGUUUGAACUUUGGAGGGAAUGUCUAUCCUUGGGGCCAUCCGCUCAUUGUCACUUCCCUGGUGUCAUCGUUAGUCCUAGCAGUUAUCUUGGUGCGAUACGAGCUGCACGUCCCACGACCCGUGCUGCCAAUUGAGCUUAUGUCAGAGGAUCCCCGGGCCAGUAUUAUUUUUGGCAAUUUCUUUGCCUCCAUGUCUUUACACACCAUGCUGUUCAACGCCCCGCUGUAUUUUCAGGCCGUGAAGCUGGCUAGUCCAACUGAUUCUGGUCUACGCCUUGUGGCUUCCUCCAUAGCUGUCACUGUCUCUAGUGUGAGCACCGGGUUCAUGAUUAACUGGACCAGACGUCUCCAGCCUUUUGUCAUCAUUGGCGUAUGCUUCAUGGUGAUAGGUGGAUUUGCAGCCGCAUCCAUGGGCGUUGAAACCUCUCAACCGCUCUCCAUGGUCUGCAUCUCAUUUUCCAGUCUAGGUCAAGGCUUCGCAUUUCCCAGCAUGAUGGUUGGCGUUCUCGCAACUAGUGAGAAACAAGAUCAGGCCGUCGCAACAACCACUCUGGGAUUGUGGAGAAGCCUGGGCGCUGUGAUGGGUGUGGCUGUCAGCAGCUGGAUCUUCCAGAAUAGUCUCAUAUACCACCUUAACAACAAAGUCACUGGUGCUGAGAAGAAUCAUAUCAUUGCACUUGUCCGCAAAUCCGUUGAUACUAUUGCUCACUUGGAUCCAAUCCAUCGGCGAGAAGGUGUGUUCUAUUUCUUUGAAGUGCCAACUCGCUUUGACCUUGCUAAUAAUAACUCAGUCACUACGUCAUAUUCUGCGGCUCUUCAACUGACUUUCUUAUCUGCGGCCUUCUGGGGAGUCAUUGUGUUAAUAUUGAUGGGUCGAAUCCGACUACCUCGAUUGGGGAGAAAAGCCUAG